AUGGCAACAAUACGUCGACGAUUUAAUAAACCAGCAGCAGCUGUACGUGCUCGUAUGGCACAGAAAUGUAAAGAUGAACGACGUUUUGGUCGUUCACCAAAUUCCAAUUAUCAUUCAUACAUUGUCGAUGGAAAUUUCGAUUCAAUUCAUCCUAACAAUACACCAUCCCCAGUUGCAGCUAUCUCAUCAAGUCGUUCCGGUACACGAAAAACACGUAAACGACCAGCUCAUUCCUCCUCUUCAUCAUCAUCAUCAUCAACUGUGACGACCACCGUGACACCAACCACAACAUUAUCAUCAUCUUAUUCCUUAAAUGGUAUAAAAAAACAAUCGUUCACAACAAAUUACCCGGCUAAUACUUAUCAAAUGAAUAUUAUAACCACAGAUGAUAAUGCUGAUCACGAUGAUGUUGAUGAUGAUGACGACGAUUGUCGUUCAUCAACCAAUGAUUCUAAUCAUCAAUUCUUGUCAAUGAAUUUAUCCCCUACCACUACCACUACUACUAAUAAUAAUAAUAUCAGUAGUAUAAAUAAUGUGAAUCAUGAUGAUUUCAAUUAUACUGGUGAAUUUGAUUGUCUCAUACAAACAUCCUCAUAUCAGCAUGAUCAUAUUGAUAAUUCCUUGAUUUAA